GUGGCUCAGAUCGACGGAAUGGGAAACAUGGACUUUAUCCUUUGAUCAAUAUAGUGUGUUUGUUAUUAGGGAAUUAUUCCCAUUCAUGGUUUGUUGCAUGCAAUUUAACUUUUUAUUUAUUUUGUCCUUGCGCCAUGCUUUCUUGUUGUCUUUCCUGUUUUGUGAAUAUUUGGACAAGUGUUGUCUGCAUGCAGUUUCUGACAAAUUAAACGACAUUCAUAUCGAACCAGUGUUGGAGACUACAUUUGGUGUAAUAACAACGUUGCUAACGUGCCGUAAUUUUGUAAUGAAAGUAAGUCCAGGGACAUUUAGUGACCGAAAUGUAUUAUGGAAGUUACGUAGUAAGUAACGAUCUACAUUGCACAUAGUGUGGCUACUCUUACUGGCAUGUUGUAUGUGUACUCCGUUAAUAGAGAUUGAUACAAAGUAAAUAUUACGCCCAACAUAUGGGCUAAUAGAGUAUUAUAACUCAGUACGUUGUUAGGAACCUAUGACCCGAAAAGCUAGAUGAUGAACGUGGUUCCGCAUAGAGAGCCCCGCUCACCGUGUUGUUCCACAGCUCGGCGGCCCGCCCCUGACGGCGGGGCACGUCCUGACGCUUUUUCCACGUCGCUGCUCUGUCUCACAGGCGAGCUCGCUGCGUAUGUAUGCGUGUCUCCAGCUAGGCCAGAGAGUGAUGGCGGCGCCCGUCCUAAGAGUGUCCACCCCUCGGUGGGAAAGAAUAGCUAGGCUUCUUGUUUGCCUGCUGGGCAUACUGUUGUCUCUAUAUGCUUUUCACGUCGAGAGGGAAAAGGCUCGGGAUCCGAGUUACACGGCUAUGUGCGAUGUCAGCAGCUCCAUCAGCUGUUCUAAAGUCUUCAGCUCCAGGUGGGGUCGAGGAUUUGGACUCUUGGGCUCAAUUUUUGGAAAUGAUAGUGCACUGAACCAACCCAACAGUGUCUAUGGGAUUGUCUUUUAUGCCUUUCAGCUCCUACUAGGAAUGACUGUCAGUGCAAUGGCCGCCCUUAUUCUCAUGACGACAUCCAUCUUGUCGGUGGUGGGUUCGCUCUACCUGGGCUACAUCCUCUACUUUGUCCUAAAGGACUUCUGCAUCAUCUGCAUCACCACAUAUGCGCUGAACUUCAUCCUCUUUAUUCUCAACUACAAGCGACUGGUUUACUUGAAUGAGGCCUGGAAGCAGCAGCUCCAGGCUAAGCAGGACUAAGCUGUCGAGAACGGCAAGAAAAAUACGACAAACAACACACAAAAAAAAAAGAAAUGUGACCUCUGAACAUUUGACUUGCCACCAGGAGACCUUGCUUCCAAACAAUGUUUAUUCUGCUGUGUGUUCAAAAAAAAUGAAGAAAUUUAACUUAAAUGUUGGGCCUGACAUCUCAAUGUUGAUUGCAAACAUGGAAGGAUUUAUAAGUGAAAGAUGAUUUUCUUUUAAUUUCUUUUACCUUGUUUAACAUUGUACUCACUUAAGGAGGGGGCUGGAUAUGUGUGUGUGUGUGUGCGCGCGCGCGUGUGUGGGGAAACACAACAACCCGAGCAAGCAGAGGCAGAGGGCCACAAUACAGAACGAUGGAGGACAGCUCUCUUUUGAACAAAAAGGAUCGAAGAAUGGAAGAAAAAACAGGACAUUAAAGGGGUUUACUUGAAAUGGUUAGAAAGGUCCUAUUACUGCACAGCAGAACUGCACUAAACUUGGAAUCGAAUAAUGGGUCCCAAAAUGAGAAAAACACUCAUUAAGGUUAUCGUACAGUUUGCAGGUUCUACGGUAGGGCGGUGGGGUACAAAACAGUUAACAUUUAUACAGAAUAGGUUUUUUUUUUUUCAUGUUUACACUUUGUAGUAUAUUUCUUUUUGAAGAGGACCACUAAAAAUAAACAUGGGACAUUGUGAGAUAUUGUGUGUAGAUCAGUCAGAUUGUUUGUUUUGCAAUUCUGUAAAUAGCUGCUGAGCAAUAUUCCAGGCUAGAUUGUGAUUUAGUGUUGACACAAACCUUUAAGGAAAAAAAGAAAAAAUAACCAACAAAACGGGAGAAAACAUCAGUAAAUCUGGAAUAAAAGUGAUCAAGGUAAGAGUUAGGUGAAUGAGUCUGAGGAUGUCCUUGGGCCAUCUUCUGUCCUGUAAUCCUGGUCGGGCAUGCAGUUCAGAGUUGUGUGGAUUUCUUUGUUAUACGUGGUUACUGUUUCAUCUGAAGCCACCAACACAAGUCUUUUAAACAGAACUAUAGGUACUUUUCACCAAGUUUGCAUAAAGGCACCCUCACCCUUUUUCUUGGUUUUGUUAUUGUGUGAAAAGCAUUCCUUACCACCACACAAGUGGGAUCCAUAAAGACUUAUGUGCCUAAAGGAGUGUUAAGGUGAAUUACUUUUUUUUUUUUUUUUUUUAAACGUUUGGGGGGUUAAUGCCAUGUUAACACCAUUUUUGCUCGUUUUUAUUGUCACAGGUCCAUGGCUUUAUUUUUCUGAUCACAAUUUUGUAAAUUAAGAUACCAGUAAAGUGUUUCUUCCUCCCUAACAGUCUCAUGAGGUAGCAAAGGUGGCUGCACUGUGAUUGUCUGCUCAAGAGUGGAGUGGCCUGGUGGCAGAAGCAUCUCUAAUCUUUUUUUUUUCAGUUGCUUUCAUGUUCAUCUGGCUUAUGUUCACUGUCCAGGCCUGUAUACAUUUGAUGUCAAUUGAACAGUAAUGGUGAUCUUGCCAAGCUGAGUUACAGUUCAUUUGCAGGACGUGAACAAAACUUGAAAAUGUUAUACUUUGUUGACAUGAAUGGCAAACGCGUAAUAAGGGGUUAGAUUCUGUAUGACAACAAAACAGUAUGUUAAGCCAUAUGUGGAGUUUGUGGGAUUUUUGCUCUAGUGGGAACGACUGUCUUAAGUGGUUGAUCUAACUUAGCGAGGUUUGUACAGAGAUAGAUCACAGCGUGGAAAAAGCAAGCACAGCUACUAGUGGCUUUGCUAGAAAUCCACAGUAUUGUCACUUCAGUAACAAAGUAGGACCAUUGUCUCUGUUCCAUCCAGCAUCCACUGAUCAAAGUAUCCUACUUGUCAGAUGCAUGGUACUCUAUCUUCUGGCUUUAAGUAUAUGUUGGCCAUCAGACAAUCUUACACACACUGUCAAAGAUCUAUAACAGCUGUAAUAAUAACUGUAAUAAUGUGAUUCAUUUGUGGUGUCAAACCAGCUUGUUAAUAGUUUCCAUCACUGCUAUUCUCCAUGCCCCUUCAUGUUUUAAAAGGAUACAAGUUCUCCUAGCAAGUUUUUUUUUUUUAAUGGGGUGAAGGUUGUUAACGUCUUAAUGAUAGCAACAGUCAGGAAAGUAAUUUCAGUGACGUGCUUCCUGUCGUAACAUAUGACGUCAUCAGUUGUAUAUGAAAAUGGAAAUUGAGGUGAUAUUUUUUUUUCCUGGGAUACAAAGUGAAAUUUUUUUUGUUAUUGCAUGUUAUUGCUAUUUACUACUUAUCAUAUAUAGGCUCUUUGACAUCACUGUUGACUAUUUUCCAAAAGUAUAAUGUGUUAUAUAUUCCAAAUAGUUUUUCCUACAUUUCAGGCAGACAGUGGUUUCCAUUCAUUUCACCACUGGCUUACGUAAACCUUAAGAGACUUGACACCUCCAUCCCCCCUUAGUUCUUCACAGUGAGGAUAAUUUAUACUGUUUGUCAGGUCAGUGUUUGUCCUCCCAGCUUAAGUUUAAAAAACAAAACAAAACCGUAUAUCAGAUAAAUGUGAUACAAUUUUCAUACAAUCUGAAUGCCAAUAACAAAAGGCAAGCAAAUCUUAACUUCAGUUUCAGCUCACUUAACUCCACACACCCGGAUUUUUUUCAUUUUCAAACUUUGUCAUUUUAGGAAAUUUCAGAUUUUGUGCAGCUCCCUCUGGAGCCACAAAAGGCUUUAUACAACUUUUUUUAAUAUAUGCAGUAGUGCCCCCCAAAAACCUGAAAAAACUGGAGUGUAAAAAGUGUUCCCCUUUAAGCAAAUUUCAGAUCUUUGCUAUUUUAUGCUAUUUUUAUGCUAUUCUAUUUCUAUAUUUUAUGCCAUACAGAAAAGAAUGUGACCAGUGCCUGCCUGGAUGAGAAACUCAUUUAAAAACACUAUGAUCCGUUUUGGAAAUUGGUUGCCAGUUGUGUUAAGUUGACAUGAUUGGUAGUAAAGUGGCAAAAAACAGUACAGUCCUUCAACAAACUGUAUGGUCCUCCAUAUGAUUUGAAUGUUUCCAUCAUUUCUUGGCAAGUCCUCUUAAAGAUCUUCCUUACACAGUAUUGCCUGGUCGGGCUUACUUCAGGUUCUUCAUCUAAACUCAGAAUGAGAUUCCACAACCACAACACUGUUUUGUCUUUGUCCUUCUUCUGGGAAAACCUGUGCACUCACAUAUAAGACAAGUUUCCUAUGGAUUUACUUUCACAAGUCACAGCUUUUUUUAUAUAGAAGUCAAACUGACAUUUCUUGCUAGUUUUUUUUUAGCAACAACUAUCGGUCCUGUAAGUAUUGACCACAAAACUGACAAGCGUACAUUAGGUAGCCUAUCCAUAUGUUAAUGGCUCCAGUCAUAUGCAAGCAUAUUACACUAGUUAUGUGCAGUUACUUUAAAGAAAUGGUUAAGGAAAUUGGGUGUUAAAUGUUUGAAAUCUUUUGCUGGUAAAAGGAUGUUGUGUGAUGAUGUAAUGUCAAAAAGGUCAAAACAAUCGAUAUUGCAUUCUCAUGAAUAUUCACUUUGGCCCUGAGGUAUAACUGCCAUGUUAGUUGCAUCACCACAGCCAACAAAAGUGCCUUCUGUUUGAUCACUAGGCCUUGAGCCAAAGAUGAGCAACAGUAAUAGCCUUGUUAAACGAAGAAUGGUAACUGUAACAGGCACCUCUGCUUGCCUUUCUUAAGAUUUAAUCUGAUAAUUGGUCAUUCCCAAAGAUUUAAUAUCCAGUGUCAGUGCGAAAUUCCAUUCAGAAAUUGCCAGACAAAAUGCCCUGUCGAAUCAUUGACCGUUCCUUUUAUUCCCUUCCUGAACUCCACUAUAUAACUGUCAUCUUUAUUUCUUCUAGCUAGGAUGUGUUUGUUAGCUAAGAAUACACUCUGUUAAACUACAUGAUUGUAAUGUUCUUUUUCCAUCAUUAAUGCCCUUUAGCUGUAUAGACUGUUAACAUUCUGGGUUAUUUUAGUAAAAAAAAAAAAAAAAAAAAAGUUGAGGGGUUGGCGGGCUAGGAAUCCAUGUGUCAGCAUAAAAUGUUUAUUAAAUUUCUUUGUGGAGGAAAACUUACUGGGUUUGCUUCUGUAUUGCCAAAUAUGUUUUGAAAAUGCUGUAUUUUCUUACAUGGAAAAGUGUUACAUGAAUGGUAGGAGGGUGCGAAAAAGUAAUGUUUAAAUCCAUCUUAAGGGAAAACUGUGGAAAAGGUUGACAUGAGUACAUUUUUAAUUGUGUCAUUGUCAUGUGGAAAUGAUCUACCAUUAAAACAUUCCCUCUGAAA